UUCCGGCUCUCUUCACGUUCUGCCUGCCGCUGGUGUGACAUCGUGCUCAGCUCCUUGAAAUCUUUUUCGACGCAAAAAAUCAGCAAAUCCAAACGGAACCAUGGUUUUCUCCGGUGACGUCAAGACCCCGAAGGGACUACAGGAGCUGAACACCUUCCUGGCCGACAACAGCUACAUCGAGGGAUUCGUCCCCUCGAAGGCCGACGUGUCCGUGUUUGACGCGCUCGGCAAGGCCCCGGCCGGCGACUAUGUCCACAUCCAGCGCUGGUACCGUCACAUUGCGUCGUUUGCCGCCGGCGAGCGGUCCAGCUGGGGUGGCCAGGCGCUGCCGCAGGUUGCCGGUGGAAAGCCAACGGUCGCUCCGGCCAAGGCUGCAGCCGCCGCCGACGAUGACGAUGAUGUCGAUCUGUUCGGUUCCGAGGACGAGGAGGAGAGCGCCGAGGCCGCCAAGCUGAAGGAGGAACGGCUGGCCGCGUACAACGCCAAGAAGAGCAAGAAGCCGGCGCUGAUCGCCAAGAGUUCAAUUAUUUUAGACGUAAAACCGUGGGACGAUGAAACAGACAUGAAGGAAAUGGAGAAGAACGUCCGCAGCAUCGAGAUGGACGGUCUGCUGUGGGGCGCGGCCAAGCUCGUGCCGGUCGGGUACGGAAUCCUCAAGCUGCAGAUCUGCUGCGUCAUCGAGGACGACAAGGUGUCCGUGGAUGAGCUGCAGGAGAAGAUCCAGGACUUUGAGGACUACGUCCAGUCGGUCGACAUUGCCGCGUUCAACAAGAUCUAAACGAAAGUUGGGAUGAGGCGUGAAGUAAAAAGCGUUCCGCAAACUUGAGCACACACAAA